UGGUUACCGCCCACUUGCUCCUGCGCUCCUGGCUCCUGGCUGCUCUUCAGAUCCGACCCUGCGAAUGGUUUUGGCUGUGUCUUCAUGUAGGACCUACUCCCCAACCCUGCCCGCUGCGGUGGCACAGCCGAGAAGAGAGAAUUGGGGAAACGAGGAAGGUUCCAUGAGAUGACUUGAACUGCGGAAACGUUUGGCAGAGGAAAAGGGCUUCAGUUUUAAAGUGAGCUCACUGGAAGUUGAGGCUGGGCUUCAUCACCAGACCUCCUCGCCAAAUCCUGUCUCUUCUGUGUACCGGAUACCGAUUACCUCAAAUCCCUGUACUUUGUACUCAGCCCAGGCCGAGAGCCAUGGCGUCCUCAUCAACUUCCUGGGAGCUGCCCCUGGUGGCUGUGUGCCAGGUAACAUCAACACCAAACAAGCAAGAGAACUUUAAAACAUGUGCUGAGCUGGUUCGAGAGGCUGCCAGACUGGGUGCUUGCCUGGCCUUUCUGCCCGAGGCCUUUGACUUUAUUGCACGAAAUCCUGCCGAGACAUUACUCCUGUCCGAACCACUGAAUGGGGACCUUUUGGGACAAUAUAGCCAGCUUGCCAGGGAAUGUGGAAUCUGGCUGUCCUUGGGUGGUUUCCACGAGCGUGGCCCAGACUGGGAGCAGAAUCAGAAAAUCUACAAUUGUCAUGUGCUCCUCAACAGCAAGGGAUCAGUAGUGGCCAGCUACAGGAAGACACAUCUGUGUGAUGUAGAGAUCCCAGGUCAAGGGCCUAUGAGAGAGAGCAACUAUACCAUGCCUGGACAAGCUCUUGAGUCACCUGUCAAGACACCAGCAGGCAAGGUUGGUCUAGCAAUCUGCUAUGACAUGCGGUUCCCUGAACUUUCUCUGAAACUGGCCCAAGCUGGGGCAGAAAUACUGACCUAUCCUUCAGCCUUUGGAUCUGUUACGGGCCCAGCCCACUGGGAGGUGCUGCUGCGUGCCCGUGCCAUUGAAUCUCAGUGCUAUGUAAUAGCAGCGGCGCAGUGUGGACGCCACCAUGAGACGAGAGCAAGCUAUGGCCACAGCAUGGUGGUUGACCCCUGGGGCACAGUGGUGGCCCGCUGCUCCGAGGGCCCAGGCCUCUGCCUGGCUCGAAUUGAUCUCCACUUUCUACAACAGAUGCGCCAACACCUGCCUGUGUUCCAGCAUCGCAGACCUGACCUCUAUGGCAACCUGGGUCACCCACUGUCUUAGUGCUGUUAACUUGUGUUGGUUGAGACACACAAACACAUGCCAACUGUGAGGAGAGUUACUGUGACUUUAGGCAGGACCCAAGCACGGCUUCCUUCACUUAGAAUUUUAAACUCUCUUAAUAGAACACAGGCUCAAUCAAGUCCAUGGAAAGAAGAGACUUUGACCUGACCUCAGAUUUCAGUUUCGGAAAAGUGGAAUUUUAUAUAGUCACCGUUUAUUUCAUGAAAACUGAAGUUACGCUGAGGGCUGAGCAGCACUGGCAUUGAAAAAAAAUAUAAUAAUCAUAA